AUGUCUGCAGCCAGCUCGGCAAAGGCUUCACAACCUGCUGCUUCCAGCUCUGGCAGUCUUUCUUUCGAGCAAACAGCGGUGGCGUGGACGGAUAUCGAAGCUGGGGAGGCUGUCGGCUCAGAGGGGCCUGCGCAGAGCAUCGCACAGAGUAUGAGGAGAAUGUUUCCCCCUGCACAACCACCCGCUCCGGACAACCAACCUGAACUGUUACAGUCAGCUCAGGGUCCCCCUCAGCUGCCAUCUGCAGCCCGCGGCUUUGCUCCUGGAGAGCAAGGAAGACCAGGCCCCAUGCACGGGAUGGUUGCGGUGCCCCCCAUCUUGGCGGAGUGGGUGACCUCCCCCGAUGCUGCGGAUGUGCUGGCCAAGAUCCUGGGAGUGGCACGCGCACGCCUGCGGGGCGUGGAGCAGAACGCUGUGCGGUUUGAAGCAGAGGAGGAAGAGGCGGUGCAAGAAGCGCAGGGGCUGCUGCAGAGCCAUUUGGAUCACAAGGCGGGCGUGGAGGAGAAGCGGCGUGUAAAGCGCGAGCUGGAGCUGAUUGAGCAGGAGUUCAGGGACGGGCUGCGCUGUGAAUUCCAGGUCCCCCUGCAAGCGCUGCCCCAUGUGUUUGGCGUAAAUGGCAGCAACCUGGCGCAGGUGCAGGCGGAGUGCGGGGUGGAGCGCGUGCUGGUGGACUCUGACGAGAGCAUGGUGCGCAUCGUGGGGCGCUCCAGGGAGGCGGUGGCCGCGGCGCGCUCCCGCCUGGAGUACGACGUGUGGUGCCUGCCAACGGCGCGCGACCUCUUGCAGAGCAGUGGCAACAAGAUCGAGGCCCUGCUGGAGCGCGUGCGCACCAAGAACAAGCUGGCGGAGGCAGAGGUGCAGGAGGACGAACAAGGCCCCUGGGUGAGCCUGGUGGGCUGCAAGGCGGUGUUGGCGGAGGCAGCCCGUGUGGUCGAGGGCCAGCUGCAGCUAUUCGAGAUGAUGCAAGCAGAGGCCGCUGAAGUUGCUGACGUCAGCGAGGAGCAGGUACAGCGGGUCAGCCGCACCUGGGGAGUGCAGCCCCGCUCAGGACCCCCUGCAGGCGGGCCGCCCUUCUUUGCGGCCCCUGCCCGCUUGCCGGCCAACACAGCAAGAGCCCCAUCAACCGCGCAGUCCCGGGAGCCAAGGGCGGCAGCACAGGCAACGACUGGCGAGUGGGAGGACAUUGAACCCCCAUUGAUGGGUCCAGAUCAGAAGCAUGCAUCGGGAUGGGGGUCGCAGACUGGGAGCCCGGGGCAAGGGCCGGCGGGGAGCGCAGCACGUCCGACUCAACUUGCGCGGUUACAGCCAAGAACGGGAGCAGGAGCGGCAAUGGGUGCAACCUCCAAUGGGGUCGUGGACGGGACCGCGGGUGUUGCGCCCACAGGGUGGGGCCAAGCUGCAGCAGGUGGUCAUCCUGGGUCGACAACUGGGCACCGGACUGGACCUGCACUCGGACAGGGUUCCCUGCCAGCUGUCAGCCAGCCAGCGCGUGAGGCAAGCGGUCCGACUCAAGUGGCGGGAGGGUCUGGUGGGUGGGGAGAGGUGCCGGCGUUCCAGCAUGAUGUUCGAGGAGGGGCAGAGCCACGGAUCGUAACCCGAAGGCCCCUCGCGGCGACCCCGAAUCGGCUGGCCGCCAGCGUGCUGGCCACUGUUGUGAGCUCACGCCAGAAGGAGGGGGCACAGAUCAGCAGGGGCAGAGGGGGUCUGGGGGCAUCUCCGGAGAAGGGCGGUCGAGCAAACAGGAGCGGGGCGGAGGGAGAGAUGAAAGGACGGGCGACCGGGGGUCAGAUUGCGGCAGCGCAAGGAGCGGAGCAAGAUUAUCAGGGGAGCAGCCUGGGCGCGCGUGAUGAAGAGCCCCCUGGCGCAACUGGCUGGGGGGACACGCCAGCUGCAAACAGUGGGGGACUGCAAGUCGAGCGGGGCAGGGGGCAGAUCAAGGAGGCGGCAGCCGAGAGCGGGUUCUGGACGCUGGGGUCCCCUCCAGGCGCCACCCCCGCUCCCCCGCUGGACCAGGAAUCGGUCAAGAGCACCUGGGACGCUGCCUGGCCCAACUCUGCCGUCGCAGGGCGCACCAACUGGGGGCAGCAGCGGGGGCCCGAGGGCCAGACGAUCCUGGAAGGGAGGGGAUCCGCCCAGAGAAGCGGCCCGCCCGGUCCUGCCGCCCCCGCGCCCCUCCCUGGGCCUGCGGCCAGCUCUGAGCAUGCCUCCUCGGGGUGGAGAGGGCAGCCGCGCUCGGCCGCCUCAGGGUCUCUCAGCUCGUCUCAGCCGGGGGCCUCCAUCAGCAGGGGCGAGCCCAGCACCGCAAGCUCGGGGCCUGCCCCGCGCCGCAGAGUGGAGAGGAUCAACGCCAACGCGGUGCCGCCCCCUGACGUGUCCACUCUUCUGCGCGCUCCGUCCGGCAAAGCGGGCGUUCGGCCCGUUCUUGCUGCUCCCUCGUCGGCUCCUGCUGCGGCGGAGCCACUCAUCAGCAGGAGCGCGGCCGCUGGGGCUCCUAGCAGGCAGCCAGGUGCUGCGCCGCCAGCCAAGGCCCCCGCGUACAGGCCGGAGGAUGCGGUCGUUCUCGUGACUGCCAGCGAGGGGAGCGGCUCGGGGCGGGUACCUCCCCAGAGCAGGCCUCUCAUCGGCCGGCCUAGCACCACCCGGUCUCAGCCGCAGGCACCCAAGGCGUCUCCUGUGGUAAGCCUGGAACGGGAAGCUCCCCGGACACCUGCGCAAGACGUGCGGUCCGCCAGCCUGCCCAAGGCUUCCGGUGCCUCCAAAGGCAGCGUGUCGGAGCGGCCUGAGCGGAAGGCGCUGCUGCGGGCGGUGUCAUCGGCGUCGAGCACAGGCAGCACCAGCAACUCGAAGCUGGCAAACAGGGGACAGGGGGAGGUCGCGGGACGGGGGAACGGGCCAGGACAGGUGGCGCCCCUGGGAGCCUUCCAAGAGGAUACGCAAGAAGGGGCGAACAAGGAGGCCCGACGCUUGGAGCGCACGCAGGAGGAGGCGUCCCUGCCAGAGGGGAAUCAGGAACAGGAGGGAGAGCAAAAGAUGGUCAGUGGAAGUGCCGAAGGGGCGCACGAUCCUAUGUCAGCGAGGGUGCACGCUGGGGCGAAACAAGAAGCUGAGGGUAGAGGCGCUUCCGUGAAGUCGGUACGGGGGAGCGAAGUGGAGCCGCUGGGCCCGGCAGAAGUGGCGGAAGCGCGGGAUGCAGCACCGGAUGCUCCAGGGAGAGGUGAGAGAACCGAGCGGACGGAGGCUGCCACACUACGUGGCCAGGACGGAGAGGAGGGGGCGGUCGCUGGCAGCAGCGACAGCGAUGGAGUGCAGGCAGUCGAGCAAGGCGUGGGGCUGGUGGAGGACCCUGCCGCAUCGCACGGGGCCUCAAGAAAUGCAGCUUGCCCAGGCCCGAAGGCAGGAAACGAGAGCAAGGCAAAGGACGAGGCGAGAGGAGAGAUCAACGGGCGGAGCGGGGGUGGGCAGACCCGCGCGCGGAAGUGGGCCUCAGAGACGAGCGAAGAGGAGCAGCGUUUUGAAGAGGGGCAUGCUGCGCAGCACGGGGCCCCGCAGGGAGAAGGACCGACGAGAAACGGCCACGAAGAGGUUGCUCGGGAGGAAGCCGCUUCUGUAAGUCAGCAGGGACGCGUUGCUGGCGGGCCUUCGGGGUGGGGCGACGCGAAGAAGCCGGAGGCGGAGGAGAAACCGUCAAAAUGGGGGACAGCGAAUCAUGUGAACGGAGGCCUGGAGGAGGUGGAGGACCACCCGUUUGCGCAGAGGACGGGGCAGGGCGCGCGGCCGGAAUCCGGCAUGCGGCCGUGGUCAGACGAGGCGGCGGCUCCGGCUGCGCCGCGCGGCAAGGGCGCGGGCAGCGGUAGCUGGGUGAGCGACGACUCGGGGAGCGUGCGCAGCGUGGGCGUGGACGUGGGCCGCUGGGCGGAGGAGGCGGCCAUCAGCACGCUGUCGGAGCACGAGGCGCUGCUGCACGACAGCCCGCACGGCUUCGAGGGCGCCACCGACAGCGGCAGCGGGCGCGGGGGCAGCACGGGGAGCAGCCGCGCGGGCAGCAGCGAGGGGCGGCGCGGGCCGGUGUACCGCAUGAAGAUGCAAAAGUUCCAGCUGGCAGCCAUCAAGGCCAACCAGGUCGGGGGGGGGCCGCCCACCGGGUGGGAGGCCGUGCCCGAGGAGGGGGCCACGCCGGGGAAGGGCCUGCCAGGCACCGAGCCAGGCCCCUCCGUCGCCACUGACGCGCCGCCUGCUGCCAUGCAUUCCGAGCCUCAGGACGUCCGUGACUGGGUGCGCCCCAAGCUGAGGCCGGACAGAGCAGGCCCUCUGUUGGACACUCCGGGACCCAGCAGGCGGCUAGCUGUGCCCCCUGCCGCAAGAGCGCCCCACAGGGCAGAGCCCGAGAGGCAGGACCGGCCGCCUGCGCCAGCUCAGCCCACAGCCGCAGAUGAAAGAGCAGAGCCAGAAGGGGGUUUUCCUGCAGAAGAGGCAGUCCGAGCAACGGGAUGGGGUGAUGCGGAGGGGGCAGAGCAAGAAGCGUUGGCAGGGACUGAGGAGGUCGAGGCACGUGGUUGGACCGAGCCGCCACGAAGGCGAGAAGAGGCCAGCAAGGCAGGCGCGCACCGGGGGGAGAGGCGCGGCGGCAGGCUGGACGAGAGGGCGCGAUCAGCCGAGGUGUACAACGAAGCGAACGGGGGUUCAGCUCAGGAGACAGACGUGGCGGUGGGAGCGGAAGAGCCCGGGGCGCCAACGGGGUGGGGAGGCGACGUGGCGGGGCCGUCGGCAGUGCAGAGUGAGCCGAAGGCGUACCCUCAGGAUGAGAGGGGAGCAUCAGGGGGCCUGGGUGUCGCGGAUUACGCCGAAAUUAGCGAGGAGCGCGAGUAUGGCAUGGCACCGGCAGACGAGGCGCAGCCAACCGGCUGGCCGGAAGAGGGGAAGGCCGAGCGGGGAGGGCCGUACGAGGGGCACACAGGCGUUGCGGCUGGCGAAGCCACGAGAGAAGACCCGCACGCUGACGUCAGCAUGGAGUACGAGGAGUCGUGGGACGGCGAGGAUGACGCAAGCGCGUCGGAAGCGGAGAGCUCUCCUCGGGGCGGCUUGCAGAAGGCGCCGCUUCGGAUUGGGGCGCAGGACGUGCGGCUGGUGGAGGGGACGCUGCCGGCCACAGCGCUCAAGCGCAGCACCGUCAAUCCGACGCUGCUGCCAGGGACACAGCGCGGCGCGGGGCAAGCGCAGGAAGCGGCGAGCCGCAUGGAGGUCGGGGUGCAGGAUGCACGGCUGCUGCCCGUGGAACGGUCAGAGAGGCUGGAGAGAUCGGGACAGCGCAAGAAAAAAGACCGGAAGGGGAAGGGGAGCAGGGAGAAGAAGGAGCGGAGGCGCGAGGAGAGGAGGCUCGAGGAGAGGAGGCGCCGCUCGGGUGGUUCGAGAACGCCGCAGGGGGCCUCGCCUGGCGGGGACCUCAGCGAGAGAGGCGUGCUACCCGGUCCUUUGCGGCAGACGCCCGGUGCCAGUGGGAAUAACACGCCGUCGCCGUCCCGAGUUCCCCCCUCCGGGUGGAAUGCGGGGGGGGGAUCCCCGGUGACGCCCGCCAGCAUCCUGCAGGCCGUGGAGCAGCCGAGCCCCGGGGGGCGGAGCAGCCGGCUGAGGAAGGAAGGAGGGGGCAGGGGGACCAAGGAGCAGGCACAAACAGCGAAUGAAGGACGGACUUGGCAGGACGCGGCAGAGGCGUCCGUGCAAGAGCGGGCCAGCAAUCGCGCAGGUGCAUCGUUGGCAGCCGACACGGAGGCGGGCAUUCUGGGGAAGGGCGGGCCGGUGGCGCCGAGCAGGACGAGCGAGGAUUGGCCGCGGGACUCCACUGGAAGACGAGCCAGCAGUCAGCGCCGCAGUGCCGGGAAUGCACAGGGUACCCAACCCGAUGCCGCGAGAGACGUGAGCCAGGACAGCAGCCACCUACAGCGAGAAGAGGGGUCGUCCCAAAAGCGCGAAGUAGGCAGCGUUGGAAUCGAGGCAGCGGGGGGGGGCAAGGAGAGCGACGCUGGGGGGGCCGGGGGUGAUGCAGACAAGCAGAGCAGUGGCAGCGGCGGGCAGCGCGGCAGCAGUGGCCAGUCAGCCAAGCGGGCGGUCCGACCGUCGGGAGUGUGGUCUGUGCGAGAUAGGCGAGGGACGUCGACCAGUUCUGCGUGAACCAAAGCCGACUUUAGUUUUGCAGGUCACUUUGUCUAUGGUGGUACUUGGUUAGAUCCGAGUCAAACAGUUUGAGGCGGUGCCAGGGCAUGUAUGUAGCGGGGCUAUGAUGCGCAGUGCGUUCCAGUGGUCUUGUUCUGUGUUCAGUCAAUGCUGCUAUAGCUUGAUCUUGAUGAAUCAAUACCUAGUCGACAGCGAUAAGCACGCCAGGUACUUGUUUGUGAAACAGCUUUGCUUAACCGCUGGCGGGCCUUUGAUAACCUGAUACUCGAUCGUCCUUCCCACCUUGCUGGUAUCUUUUAUUGGUGGUCAAAGUGACGUUGAGUUGGUCAAGUCGAACUGAGAUAGACAAGCAUAUGCUUUAUCGUGAAGGCUUGA